GUUUACGGUUUGAAAAAUAUGAAGAGAUGAUCCUCAGGGGAGUUUUCUUUUUUUCCUCCCUCACUGUUAUUCUAUUUUUCAUUAUCCCAGUAGAGGUUAAGUUCACAAACUUGGAUAAAUCAAAAUUUCAUGCUGGAAAGACUGAAUUUGAAUUAAUGCAAAGUAAAAGUGAAUUUCCAAACUAUGGAUAUUGUUGGAAAGAAACAAUAAUUUCACUCACUAAAGAUUGCAAGCAGUUGACAGCUGAAGUCCAAGGAAAACUCGCUCUUGCGUACUUGAACUGCUUUUUACAAAUGCAAGAUCUACCAAUAUAUGAAUGUGAUGUAACUCAAAAAUUAUCAGAAUGUACGGAGAAUAUGAAGGAUUCAGAUCGCAGUUCAAUGGCAACCUUCUUUACACAUACACAGAACAUUUGCUAUUUUUUAGAAGCACAGGUUUGGCAUGAUGAGACAGAACGAACCAUUAGAAGACUUGCAACAAGCUCAGAAGAUGUUGCUACACAACUUGAGGAAACAAGUGAACUUCAAAAUGAAAUGCUUCAUCAGCAAAAGGAAUCAAUGACUAACCAGAAAGAAAUUCUUGAAAAGUCUGUCAAUUUGAGUAACAUUAUAUCGAUAUCUUCUGAUAAUAUGCAUAAAAUAUUUGAUGAAUAUAAAAAUGUAACAAUUGAACAGCGUCACCUUAUUGGUGAUUUAUUCGAUAAAUUUUCACACCUUCAGUCAAUGAUGUUGGGAGAAUUCACUGGUUUAUAUUCAAUUCUAUACUAUGCUGUUAUGGUGCUGAUGUCUUAUUUCUUGACAUCAGCACCUCGUACUGCAGCAGCCAGGUUUUGGUUAUUUGGGAUAGCAACAGUCAACAUCUUGUCGGAGAGAUUUGCCAUAUCUUGGCUGAUAUCAGAAGAAAAUCAACUAGCGGGAAGUGGUAGUGAUAUUGAUGAGGCAGUUUACAUGUACCAGAAGCUUUGCAGGAAGAUAUCAGGUGCUGUGGCUUUACUUGUAUUGGGUGUUUCAGCUUACUGCUAUCAAGAUUUGAAUGUCAUCAAUAAUCAGCUCUUAUGGGAUAUCAAGAAAAGAAUUGAAAACCUGGAAAUCAAAAACUCUGUGCUAGGCAAUGAGAACCAAGAAAUUGUAAGUGCUUUGAGUCCAGAUAGCAGUAGUGAUACUAUAAUACAAGAAUAUAACAGCAAUACAGAUAGAUCCAAUACAUUAACAGCUGCUGCGGAUACUACAGGUUAUGAUAGUGACAGUGGUUGUAGUGAAAGUAGUAUAUCUACAGAGAGUUUGUCUGGUGAUACAGAUAACACAUACAUACCCUCAUCAUUAUCUACCGUGGAGAGUUAUUCUACAUGUUAUUCCUGGGAAUCCAGUCAGACUACACUUACUGAUGAGCUAAGGGAUAUACGUGGUGCGACACCUCUGAAGGAGUUGGCAGAACAAAUUGAUGCUUGGGCAAAAACUGGAAAAUACAGACAACCUUCACCAAUCCAUAGUAUGGAGUCAAGAUUAGCAGACUGCGAUGGAAGUAAAGUCACCAGAUCUAUAACACCACAACCAAGUACUAGUAAAAACAGUUAUAGCCAGAAAUAUUUCCUUAGACAGAGAAGUCCCAAAACAUUACCAUACAAUAAAACAGUAUAUUUUGAAUCACCUGGAAGCUUUGCCAAAACGGUAAAAGCCUUGGAAAAGAUCACAAGAAAAAACAGUUUUCUUACUAGACAUAACACCAAAGAAGAGAAAAGAUCCCCAUUGUCUGAUAAAUGAUUGUAUGUUAGAGCAGUAAUGUUAAUUUGAUAUUUACAUUGUGAUAUUGUAAUGCAUUGGAAUAUUGUCCGUCAUUCUCUUGUGUCAAAUUUACUUCCUGGUAUAUUUUACGAUAGUAGAGGGGCAUUAUGUUUUUUGAUUUAGGUAUAUAUUUUGUAUAUUUUAUAAUAGUAGAGGGGCAUUAUGUUUUACGAUAGUAGAGGGGCAUUACCUGCAGGGGGUUUUACGAUAGUAGAGGGGUAUAUUUUACGAUAGUAGAGGGGCAUUAUGUUUUUCGGUCUGUGCGUCUGUUAGUCCGUCUGUCCGUUCGUCCCUCUGUUCCCGCUUCAGGUUAAAGUAUUUGGUCAAGGCAGUUUUUGAUGAAGUUGAAGUCCAAUCAACUUGAAACUUAGUACACAUGUUCCCUAUGAUAUGAUCUUUCUAAUUUUAAUGUCAAAUUAAGAGUUUUGAUCCCAAUUUCAUGGUCCACUGAACAUAGAAAAUGAUAGUGCGAGUGGGGCAUCUGUGUACUCUGGACACAUUCUUGUUUUAAAAGAAAAAGGGGGUGAAAGGGUUAUCCCUGGUUAAAAUGGGAAUUUAUUUAGGCAUUAUUUAUAGUAUUUCACCCAAACAUUUUGGUAGUAUACCUCUGUGUAUAACUUUUUUGAUAUAUUUAGGACAUGUUUAAAAUUAGUAGGUAGUAACUUUUGCAAAGGUAAUGUUUUUGUUUGACAAAAAAUAAGUUUUUAUUGAUUUUGCAAUACAACUUGCAAUUGUAUUGUGGCUUUAUUAAGAAGAUUUAACAUGUCUUCCAUAUUUCAUAAUUGGUGCUUAGUGUGAUUAGCAUCUGCAAUUUGACAAUGUAACUUUUUUUUUAUUUAAAAAAAAAAGGAAUUGCCAAUAGUCUAUAUAUUUCCAUAGCCCUGGUAUAAAAUCAAAUGUGAAAAAAUCCGAUCUAUAAUCUUCAUGAUCUUAUUAGAUAUUAAUAUUAGGGAUUACACUGUUUAAAUCGUUUUGGUAUUUGAUUAAGAUUAUACAACAUUGUAGUUAAAAUCAAAACAUAUAAAUGAUAAUGCAUUGUUUUCUGAGAAUUGACAUCUUAAGAAUCUAAGAGCAUUAUGGGUAAAAUAUUCAUAGCAUACACAAAAACCUUUGAGUUGUAAAAAAAGGUUCACAAUUGAAAAUCAACCAAUGGUAUACAAUUAUUUUCAAUUUGAAUGAAUAACAAACAAUGAAAUUACCUAUAACUAUUAAGAUUAUGAAACUGCUGAUUAUUAUUUACCUGUAUUUCUUUUUUAACUGCUCAUUUAAAGUAAUGCUUUGAAUUGUGAAACAUUUGCACCAGCCUAAUUAUGAAUAAACUGAACAGACCCUAAAGUGCAGUAGAUACUUAAUUAAUCUCCACAUGUUUUUUUUUAAGGUUUUUUAUAUUGUCGAGUUAUUGUCUCAUUAAUAUGUACUUUUACAUAUUAAUCAUGUUUACAGAAAAGGUUAAGAUAUGUUACACAUAAUAAGUAUAGUAUUGUGUGCUUAUACCCUAAUAGUCUAGAAUAUUAUGGGGUGUUUCUUUUGAGUUUUUCCAGUUUGCAAAUUGUUUUAUUUGACAUUAGAGACAUGAUUUUUACAAUAUGAUAGUUAUUGAUAAACAGACCAGUAUGAAUCUAUUUUAUAUCUAAAAUAAUUUACUUUUUUUCAGAUAAUAUUUACAUCUAAGUGUAUUUUUUUUAAUUGAUUGUGCAGCACUGAACAAAUAUUAUUUAAAAUAGACAGAUAAUUUGGAAUGAAAUUAGCCAGUACACAUGAAUUAUUGUUCAUCAUUUUAAUUGUUCACAUUGAGGUUGUUUCUCAUUUAUCAGAUUUUAUUUAAAAUCAAUUACAUUGCUGUCAAGGAAAACUUACUGUUGUUAUAAAAUGUGGACCCAAACAAAAAUGGUAGAUAUAUACAAUACGUAGUAUGAUUAUUUGUCACAAUUAGGCCAGUGAAUUCUGUUUGAAUAUAUAGGCUUACAUUUUUUAGGUAUUUUUUUAAAGGAUUAGGAAACACAACAUAAAACAAUAUAAUAAGCUUACUCCUCUCCUGUCUAUAUGUUGGGAAAAUAGCCAUGUAACACCAUUUUUGCAUAUUCUAUUAGCUUUACAUUCAAAGGAGAUUUUAGCAUUGUAAAACAUUUUUGCAUUAACUCACCGUAAAAUGUGGCCAGACAUGGUAUAUUGAAAUAUGUAAUUGUAAUUGACCGUAAUUAAUUACAAUUUCUCAAGUAAUUGAAUGUAAUGUGUAAUUGAGCAUUUUUUCAAUUACAAGUAAUUGAAAGUAAUGAAUUACAUAGCCAAAAUUGUCUGUAAUUGACAAUUACUUGUCAAUUACAACUCAAUUACAUUUAAAUUUUGGAUCAGAAAGAUUGAAUCAUGUGUUUUCUCAAAAAAUGAUGAAACGCUAUGACCUUAGUAAAUGUAGUAAGCUGACAAAGCAAAGCCUACACAGUAUACUUUCUGUAAUUACACAACCAUGGGAUAUUCUUUAUUUUGUAUUGAAUAAACAAAAAAGAAAAAAGAACAAAUAUAAAGAUUAUAGAAACAUGCCACAAUUUGUGUUUAAAAGAAACCAUUAGUAAGUCUCUGUCUUGUACCUAAUUAGCUUGUUACCUACAUGUAUAUUCAGAUACAUAAUGUUAGACAUUGAUUAAACAUAAUCAAUUUUAAAGGACAUAGUCAAUCAGCAAAUAUAACCUCUGGCUAUUUGUUUUAUUAUAAACUAUAUAAUGACUGUUUUACAACAGUUAUGUUUGCAUGUUAAACAGGUGUUAAGACAAUUAGAGAGAUAAUUUAAAUCAAUUAGUUGUGAUUAAAACUAAAGUAUAUUUUUAAAAAAGUCAGGCUUUUUAAAUCAUUUUAGGAAAAAUAAUUUUAAUAAGUUGUGAUCAAAAUAAAAAAUCAUUUCAAAAUAUUAAAAUUAUGGCUCUCUUUUUGUAUCAUUUUCAAUGAAAUACAUUAAAUUAUAAAUUUCAAUAGGUAUUUACAACAAAAUUUGACAUUUUCAAAAUAUUGAAUAAGGCUUUUUAUCAUUUUGAGCAUUAAAUUAAACCAGACCUCUAGUCCUUACGAUUCCUGAUAGACAAAGAAUUAUGUGCACUUCAGAUUUAUGUAUGUUUUUUCUUUAUUUCCGUAACACACCAGCUAUCAAAUUUUUACUCUUCUUUGAUACUGGCUGAAUUUUAAAAUAGUCGCUGAAGAUGUCAUUUGUUAUUACUAUAAAGCAAUGUAUGAUACUUAUGUACAUAUCAUAGAAUGAAUGCAUGCUUUCAAUAUUUUAAAUUUUCCUUUCAAAAGUAAUUGAAGUAAUUAAUUACAUUUGCCAAGUAAUUGGAAAGUAAUUAAUUACAUUGGUAAAAAUUCAAAUGUAAUGUGUAAUUUAAUUGAAGAUUUUGUAAUUGUAAUUGAAUGUUAUUAAUUACUUUCAAAAGUAAUUGACCCCAUGUCUGAAUGUGGCACUAUUUUUUGUCCCCAUCUCACUGACUAGCAUUUUUUUCAUGACCAUCCUUUCAAAUGGUGUAAAUUAAAUGCUAUGAAUUUUAUCCUUGAAAAUAUCAUCAUUAAUAUUAUUAGAAUGCGGAACCCUUGGAUGGCAUGCUAACCAAUGCACCACAGAGCCCUUUAAUAGUAAAUGACAAAAGUGAAAAGGUUUUACACAAUUUUAUGAUCAAUGGGAGAUAACUCUACAGUUAAUUUUACAUUCUGCAUUAGACUUCAUUUUGAAAUUUGAAGAAAGAGACAGAAAGGGAACAUCAGAUAUUUGAAAUUUCAGAUUAGAUUUUAAUGUAGAAUAUUGAUCUCAUCUCAAAUUGUAAAUAUAUGAAUAUUGCAUCCCUGAACUUGAAUGCUUUGAAUCUUGGAAUUAUACAAUUAACACAGAUAGUGUUGGUUGUUAUCUAUCAUUUUGGUUUUUUGUUUUGUACAUAAAUUAGGCAGUUAUUUUACUAGUUUGAAUUUUUUUACAUUUCAUGUUGGGCCUUUUAUAGCUUACUAUUCAGUAUGCGUUUUGCUAAUUUUUGAAGGCCAUACCGUGACCCUCUAAUUGCUUAAAUCUACUUUAUUUGUUCUCUUGUACAGAGUUGUCUCAUUUGCAGUCAUACCUCAUCUUCUUACUUUUUUAAGUGAAUCUAUAUUAAUAAGAUAUGUUAGCUAAUAUGGAGAAAGAAAGUAACCACUCAAAUUUGUCUCAUUUCUACAAUUUUCAUGUUGUGGUGGAACAAUUUUAUUUCUCGUAAAUUGCCAAAAUGUUGUCUCAACAUUUUUCUGUCCAGCUAAAUACAGAACCAUUAAGAGUGGAUAGGCAAAGUAAUAACUUUUCUGAAAAAAAGAUACAUAUGCAAACAAUUCAGGAUCAUUUUCAGAUAGGAGUGUAUUGUACAUCAUAAAGCUAUGGUAACAUAAAAAGUUACCCAACUGUUUUAUAUUUUUUUUUAAAGUAAUAAUGUAUCAUGUUUUAAUAUAAAUUUGUGAAGAAAUUUUAAAACUUACAUGAAAAGUUGUAAAACAGUUGAACAAGGUACAGUUGGGUAAUAUGUAAAUGAAGUUGAUAUCAGAAAACAAACCCUCUUUUAUUUGUACAUGUAAAUACCUUUUUGAUUUUAAAAUAACAUGCAUUUGUUUGGAUUAUGACCAAUUUUAGUUUGUGGAUUGAUUUCUGUUUUUUUUUUUGCAUAUGGUUACAUUUUUAGCUCACUUGGCCCAACUUUUUAAAUUUUUGCCUUUUAUCUUGAAAUUAUGAUAGAGCGAAACUUUAAAUAGCAAAAAUGAUCAGCAAGAUAAGUUCUACAAAUAAGUCUACAUAGUUGAAAUCGUCUGAUGAUCCCUUAUUGGAGUUAUUGCACUUUAAUGACGAUUUUUACUAAUUUUUUGCAUUUUUGUCUAAUAUCUGAAAAAGUAUAAUAGAUUGAUUGAAACUUAAAUAGGCAUAAAUGAUCAGCAAGACAAGAUCUUCAAAUAAGUCAACAUGGUUUAAAUCGUCUGAUAACCCCUUAUUGGAGUUGUUCUCUUAAAUAACGAUUUUUAUCAUUUUUUAGAGUUGUUGCCUUCUAUCUGAAAAAGUAUAUUAGAUCGAUAGAAACUUAAAUAAGCAGACAUGAUCAGCAAGACUAGAUCAACAAAGAAGAGAUUUUUGUCAUGAAUUCUAUUAUAGUCCACAAAGAUGGAGAGUAUCCAUUGUUGAAGAUGCACAUAGACCUAUGUGAACGACACAGGCUCUUUAGAGCCUCUAGUUUAAAAUCACAUUAUUUUGAAGUUAUUUCAUUCUAAUUUCAAAAUUCAAGUCAUCAAGUUUAAAUUAUUUUUAGGAAAAAAAUAAGCUGUAAACUUUGCUCACAUGCAUUUCUUAUAAAAUGUUUCCUAAAAAAGUAAAUACAAGGUAAAUUGGUAUGACAUUAAGAAAUAAAACACUCUUUUAAUUAAAUCAUUUCAA